GGAGCGCACUUUUUUUUUUGUAAGAAAUAUGACGUCAUGCACAAAUGAAGGUUUGCCCAAUUAGCCGUGCCGCUAGCUAGAUUAGCAAACUAUAUUAGGGAAAAUAUAUAGAAUUAAAUUUUAGGAUUUUCAUUAUGGAUAAGAAUACUACGAGAUAUAAUGUUCAGCUGUAUAUUUAUGACUUGUCAAGGGGGAUGGCUCGAAGUCUUAGUCCUAUCAUGUUAGGAAAGCAGCUGGAUGGAAUAUGGCACACAGCAAUAGUGGUAUAUGGAGAUGAGUUCUUCUUUGGAGGCGAGGGAAUCUCCAGCUGUUCACCAGGUGGGACCAUGCUGGGUCCUCCAGACACGGUGGUGGAGUUGGGUGAGACAGAAGUGUCAGAGGACAUCUUCAUGGAUUACCUUUCUUCUUUGGGAGAAAGCACAUACAGAGGUGACAGAUAUCGUCUGUUUGAGCACAAUUGCAACACCUUCACCAAUGAGAUGGCUCAGUUUCUCACCGGCAGGACCAUUCCCUCUUACAUUACCAACCUUCCAUCUGAAGUCCUCUCUACAUCAUUCGGACAGAUUAUACGGCCUAUUCUGGACUCCAUCCACAUCGCCCCUCCAGGAGGUAACGUCAUCACCGGUGGAAGACGUAACUAACUUGAGAGGACAUCCCCACAUCUCUGCCAUUGUAAUCAGUAGUCCGAAGUCUGUUUUACAUUAAAUGCUGACAUUGAUGAAUGAAUGUUUCUUAGAAGUUGAAAGAAACCAAGUUUAUUUACUGAUUUGACUGUUUUGUGACUGUAUUUUAUGUGCAAUCUUAUGUUUAAGGCACACCAUUAAUAAGAGAAAUACUGCA